UUAUUUAUGAGCUGUUGGGCAUGAAAACACUUCAAUAAUUAUUACAUGUACGUAAAACUUGACCAAGUAAUUUCUCUGCCCUUGAAAAGAUGAGAAAAUGUCAGCAAUUUGCAAAAGGCAUAUAGAUAUGAUUAUAUUUUCAGUUGUCUAACAUUGAUCUGAUAAACAUAUGAUCCAACUAUGGUUGUUUUUGCCUCUUUAUCUGCUCUCAAAUACUACCUUGUUUUUCUUCUUAUCAUAAUCAUAAUCCCGCUUGUUACUUCACUAUCCUUCAAUUUUGAUAGUUUUAAUCCAAAUGAUCAGAAUGUAACAUAUGAGGAAGAUGCUUUUUCAGCAAAUGGAGUAAUUCAACUCACCAAAAACCAGCUUGAUCGUGGUUCAGGCGUCAGCAUAGGUCGAGCCACAUAUUUCAAGACCCUGCAUCUUUGGGACAAGGCUUCUGGAAAUCUCACAGAUUUCACUACUCAUUUCUCCUUUAGCAUCAAUUCACAGGGCAGAACAGCUUAUGGUGAUGGUCUUGCCUUCUUCCUCGCGCCUGCAGGUUCAAGAAUUCCUGAGAACACAACCAUAGGUGGCAGCCUUGGCCUUACAAUUGAUACUCAGCAACUUAAUACAUCGAAUAAUCAUUUUGUUGCUGUGGAGUUUGACACCUUUAACAACUGGUAUGAUCCACAGGGUGAUCAUGUAGGUAUCGAUAUCAACUCUAUGCAAUCUGUUGUUAAUUUGACCUGGUUUAGUAGCAUUCCAAAUGGUAAUAGAACUGAUGCCUGGAUUAGCUAUAACUCAACCUCGAAAAAUCUUACUGUUGUCUUCACUGGUUUCAGAGCUAAUUCCACUGUCACUGUCCAGCAAAGCCUAUCUCACAAUCUAGAUUUGAGGGAAUAUUUACCAGAAUGGGUCACUUUUGGCUUCACAGGUGCAACAGGAGACCUCUUUGCAUUACAAAGCAUCUCCUCUUGGAAUUUUACUUCUUCUUUAGAAAUUAAUGACAACAUAACAGAUCCAGGGGUAGCCUUACCAAUCCCAAAGCCAGAGGAGACUCCAAGCAAAAGUAAGUUACGACUUGUGAUUGGAUUGGUUUCUGGUGGUUGUGUUUUGGUUGCAGUAUCUGUUUUGGUAUUGUUUGUAUUUUGGAGAAAGAGGAAGUUGAGAGAAGAUGAAGAUGAUGAUGAUAGCUUUGAUGGUUCCAUGGCUGAUGAAUUUGAAAGAAGUACAGGACCAAAGAAGUUCCUCUACAGUGAGUUGGCUAGAUGUACAAAUAACUUUGCGCAGGAAGAGAAGCUUGGGGAGGGUGGAUUCGGGGGUGUUUAUAAAGGACAUCUCAGGGAAUCCAAUUCCUAUGUUGCUGUUAAAAGGGUUUCAAGGGGGUCAAGGCAAGGAAUAAAAGAGUUCGCAUCAGAAGUGAGGAUCAUUAGCCGGUUAAGACAUAGACAUUUGGUGCAACUCAUUGGCUGGUGCCAUGAGAAAAGAGAACUUCUACUUGUUUAUGAGUUUAUGCCUAAUGGAAGCCUUGAUUUCCAUCUUUUCAAGGGAAAAAGCCAUUUGACAUGGCCAAUAAGAUACAAGAUUGCUCAAGGCUUGGCCUCGGCCUUGCUAUAUCUACACGAAGAAUGGGAGCAAUGUGUGGUGCAUAGGGACAUAAAGUCAAGCAAUAUUAUGUUGGAUUCCAAUUUCAAUGCCAAACUUGGGGAUUUUGGUUUAGCUAGACUAGUUGACCAUGAAAAGGGAUCCCAAACAACAGUUUUGGCAGGUACAAUGGGCUACAUGGCCCCCGAAUGUGCCACCACUGGGAAAGCUAGCAAGGAAACAGAUGUCUAUAGCUUUGGUAUCGUCGCCUUAGAAAUAGCUUGUGGAAGAAGACCUAUUGACCGUAAGGCUGAAUCAGAUCGUCAAGUAAAUAUUGUUGAGUGGGUUUGGAGCCUUUAUGGGAUGGGAAAUAUUAACGAAUCAGCUGAUCCUAAACUCUCAUUAGAGUUCAAUGAAAUGGAGAUGAAGCACUUGUUAAUUGUUGGUUUAUGGUGUGCUCAUCCAGAUAGCAAUUGUAGGCCUUCUAUUAGGCAAGCAAUUCAUGUCCUUAAUUUUGAAGCUCCAUUGCCCACCCUCCCUCCAAACAUGCCUGUUCCAACAUAUUGCAGUCCAUCACAGCAUUUAUCAAGUGCUUCAUUUUCAUCACCAUAUGACACCAACGCAUCUCGGAUUACUGAAAUACAGUAUUCAGUGAACAAAGACUACACUGAUUCUUCAAAUAACACAGCAGCUUCCGCAGCAUCUUCACCUUCAGCAUCACUUCUAUACUCGCGUUGAUAUUGUCUUAUAAGGAAAUUUGUCUAUAAAUCCUUGCAUUCAAUCUUUCACUAGCUGGCUCCAACUUUUGCUCUUCUUAAACUUUAUUGUUUCUCUUUUUAUGAAUAUAAGAUUGAAUGAAUCAACAAUUCUAGUUCAAAGUUUCCAUUAAAUAGUGAAAAUACUAUGUUCUUAAAGACAUGUCUCACUUGCGAUCAAUGGAUGUAUUCUAACUUUGAUUAGAAGUUGAAUUGGAGGGAAGAAAGAAUGUUUCAUUAAUUUUUCCUUCAUUUUAAACUGAUCCAUUUUAGAAGAAUUUUUGAACUGAGCUUGUGCUAAGUAUAUUCUUCACCAAAAUAUUGAUAGACAUGGACUGUAGCUUAAUUGCAGUCUGGACAGGACAAGAUAUUUGAUUUGUCUGCUCGUGUCCUCUAUCAUUUAUUUCCUCGCUCGCAAAUAGAAUAGAAUUAAUGAGUAAUAACACUAAGUAUAUGCAAAAAGUGGAAUCCUUUAACACCAGGAGAGAAAUGAAAGACACAGUGAAAAAA